AAAAAAUUAUUUUUUGGAACUAAAAAUUAUCAUCAACCUGUUUAAUAUGAAGUGUGUUUCGAAAAGAGGUUCUUAAAGCAACCAGAUAGAGAUAAUACAUAAGAAUUUUUGAAGAGGAUAUCUUAAAUCCCAUGAAAGUACCAUCAAGUUUGGGUUGAUUAUUUUCUUUUAUUAUAUUUCUUCUUUUCUGCGUGUAAAUGUGAAACAAUACAACACAACAAUAACAAAAAACAAUUAGGAUUUAUCAAAGAAAGAAUUAAGACAUUUUGCACGUCUUUCUGUGAAUAUAGUUUUGAGCAAAUACUCAAUUGUGACCUGUCUUGGAAUUAUCAGAAGGAAAGAUCAUCAUUCGGAUAAGGAUUUGGUUGGACAUCCUAACUGCUUUUGCCUCUUACAUUUGGGAACAAUGCCAAACAUUUGAGAAUUGAAUCCAAAUCAUUGGAUGAACAUCUAUUGCUACUGUUUUUGCAAGUGAGAAGAUUCUCUUCUCGAGCAAGCGAGAUAUAGCGGCCAACGGUCAUUCAGAACACAGUCCGUUAAUCUUCACAGUGAUGCGGCAUUGGCCAAAACUGUAUCGAUCCAAUCUAAUACCAUUAAAGCAGAUAAUAAGUUCAGGAAAAACGACGACAGCAAGUAGGCAUCCAACAGGCCAUUACGCGUUCGGCAUUCGAUUCCAACGCGCCAUAGGUCUGUAAGGAAAAUAAGAUUUACAAUAGAUUGUUGGAAUUUGUAUAAGCAGCAGUGAAAUUGCUAACAAAAAUUAUUGCGUCCCUCCAUCGCUGUUUGGAUUAUAUAAGAGUAGCAUCAGCAGCAACAGCAGCCAUUCAUAAAAAAGCUGAAAAUGAUGAUUACCAAAAACGAUGUAAUAAUUUGGUUUAAGGCGCUGGAGAGCUAUAAAAGGAUUGACACCAUGUGUACACUGCUUAACAUGUGUUUACCAUUUGAACUACGAUUCCUAGGUACUUGUCUCGAGGAAUUGGGACGUCGAGACUCGCAGGAGCUAAGGGGCAUGGAACUUAGGGCCAACAACCCCCAAGAUUUGGCCACAGAUAUGAUUGCCUGCCAAAAGGGUGAACCCACAGACAUGAAAGUGCGCCGAAAGAUGGCCUUGUAUCUGGCACUUAUUCGGGCUUGUAAUCGCACCAAUGUUACUGAAAUAUUUCGUACUCUUGAGUCCUGGGGUGAAUUGGACUUUUCAACAAUGACCGACAUUGAUACUCUUAAGGAGUUGCUUCUGGUCUAUACCAUGGCUGCCAAUCACCCGGUGUUUGAGUUCGAUCAACAUUUGAAAUUUAUGGGGAUUUUUGAGAAAAUCAAAGAAAACAAACUUGUGGCCGAUCCUCCGCCAUCCCAAACUCCACCACCAGCCCAAACUCUUCAUACACAAACGUCUCAUCAAAGCACCAUCGAAAACCAAGCGCUGCCUAUGACUCCUCAACACCAACAAAUGCAUCAACAUUCAACACCGCCCCAACAGGAAAUUAUGCAACAGCAUGCUCUGCAGGCGGCCUUGCAUGCCAUACAUGGUCAGCAUCAUCAGUUGUUGGCUCAAACUCCUAUGCAAAUGUUACCACAGGGACUACCAAUGAGUUAUACGCAGAUGGCAAAGUUAAUACCCUCCGCUGAUGGAACAUCAUUGCAGCAUCAAAUCACCACUGUCGAAGGUAUACCACAUAUGAUUUCCCCCAACAUCAUUCCAGACACAAGCAAUACAGCCGCCGCCAUAUUCACACAUCCCAAUGCAGCAUCUUGGGCAAUGCGACAAUACCAUCAGCAACCGCCUCAAACUACAGGAACUCAAAACUUGGUGGAUCAUCCACCACAAGCCUCAUCGCCGAUGCUAAGUCAACAAUCGUCUCCGUCGAGCAGUCGUGCCACAAGUCCCAAUCGUACAUCAUCAUGCGAUAGUGUGGGUAUAAUGCAAAAUCAACAUCAGCCGUCACAGAAUCCAUCACAGGCGCGCAAUAUAUCCCAAAGAUUGGGGGGAACGUCGCUAAAAAACAUUAGGCGCCCAUCAUCCGAGACUACACCGCCGCCUCAGAUGACACAAAUGGGCAGUGAAAUGAUAAUGCCCUCUAAUAUGAAACAAGAGGGGGUCAUAAGUAAAGAGGGUACAGUAAAUCAUUUGCAAACUCUUAUACGCAAUGGCUUUCCACGAGACCGUCUAUCGGGAAAUCAUCAGCGCGUUAAGGCCAACACGUAUAUACCACCCCAUCAGCAGCAACAGCAAUCGCCAGUCAAUCAACAUUACCAGGGAAAUUUUGGCGUUAACCCAGGUCUUACUUAUGCUAUGCAAAAUAUGGCCAUGUCAGAUAUGUCAUCGAGUGGUCACCAUAGUAUGGAUGGUAAUAUAAUGAGCAUGAAUUCCAAUAAAAGUACUGGUAGUGAUUCGGGAAGUUCUAUGGGCUCAUCCGGCGAAAUAUCACCACCGGAAACACCUACAUCUAUGAUGAAUAAUGCCACAACGAAUACAGUAAUGCGAGUAAGUGGUGAAAGCCAACAAACCCAGCAACAACAACCAACUCAAAAACAUCAUCAACCUUCACAGUUAAGUUACAAUAAACAGUUGAGCCUACAGCGUCUUAAUGGGCGAUCGGAAAAGAUGUCGUCGUCCGGCGGUGGGGGAGGUGGAGGCAGUGGCAACAAUGUGAUGAAUGCAAGUGCUAUUCUAUACGCUCAGUCACAGCAACAGCAGCAAACACAACAGUCAGUAGCAAAUCAACAAGCCAUUUACGCCGAAAUGCUGCCGGGGCAAGGGGCGUCAAAUGCGGUCACCUCCAAUGUUUUGCAAACCGCCUUAACUAACAACAAUCCAGGUGGUAAUCCUGCGUCGAAUGUUGUCUCCAGCAACAACAAUAUGGUGGGCAAUAACACUGUGCUAAUAAGUUCGCCCUCGGCUGGUGCUGGUACUCCUACCUUAGGCAAUGUCCUAUCCUCCAAUUCAGUGAUUUUGUCAUCGCAUCAACAACAAUAUAAUGCCACUUUUCCUUAUCAUGCACAUUUAGCAUCGCGUCCUCCAAUAAUGACACACAGCCCUGGCAUGCCACCACCUCCUCACAGCACAUUUCGUGUGCCCAAUUUUCAACUGCCCCCUAAUGGUGGGGAAUUGAUGUAUCAGCCAUACCACCCGAAUAUAUCAAUUUUUUCUGGUGCAGCGCAUCCAUUAAGAACUACGAAUAGUGCGGCGGCAGUGGUAAAUAACCAAUCUGUGACGCAGCAACCUCCAACGCCACAACAGGUGGCACCGCCUCCCCAACAGCAAGCGCAGCAGCCGCCACAGCUGCAACAGCUACAACAGCCACCACCACCACAAGCCUCUGUCCUACCCUCACCAUAUAGUUCGCUUAAUGUGAGUCUAAGCACGAAACCGCUUUCCUGCUACAAUUGUGGCUCACAAACACACAUUGGUCGCGAAUGCCAGGAGGCAUCGAUGGACGAUGUAACACGCAACGCCAUUUAUAAAUUAGACUAUUCACAAGCAGCCACAGGAGCGGGGGCGGGAACACCAAGUGCUGCCGCCGCCUCAACACCACCUGCCCAAUCUCAACAAUCGCAACAGCAACAACAAUCUGUGAGCAACAGUGCAUCCGAAUCGUCGAUAUCAUCAGCAACACAACACAAAAGUCACGACAGCAGCAGCAGCAAUGUCAACGUGAAUUCACUCUCCUCGUCCGUGGCCUCAUCGGCCUCUGUUUCGAGUGCGACACUGGCAGCCGCUACGGCCACGGCGGGAGCAAAGUGAGCCAGCAAAUGAGAGAGCAAAAGAAAGUGAGUGUUAUUCAUAGAUAAAAAAGAAGAAACAAAAAGGUGUUCAACGAUCAGACGAUGAAGACGUAAGACUAUAUAAAUUUAUACAUAGAUGUUAUUAGGUUUAAACUGGAUUUAAGCGUAAGGUUAUACGUUCGCAAAACAUUAACAAAGCAAAAACUAAAAAAGUAAAAGAAAAUAAACAGAAACAGAUAACAUAACAAAAAAAAAAAACUAUAAUGAAAAUCAAAAAAAAAAAAAAAAGAUAUGCAUAUAAGAGUGUUUUUUUUUUUUAAUAGAGUAACAUAUCGAUGCCUUAAUUUCAUAGUGUGUUGAAUCCAGACUUUCAUUUUAAAUUCAUCCACUUGAGCUGUUCACGCUUUUGAAAUUUCUAAUCUUAACUCUCCCAUGUUAUUUUUAAUGCCAUAUAACUUCGAUGUGCGACUUAGCCUACUGUGAAAUUGAGGCAUCGAUAUAUGCUGCUUAUGUUUUGUAGACAUAAGUUUGUUUUUAAUUAUAUCUUUUGACCCAUUUUUUUUUUUUGGUUAAAGCAAAUUUAUAUAUAAUUAUAUUGUUUAAGUAAAAAUUUUAAUUAUUCUAAAUAUAAUUCUGUUACUUUGGCAAAAACAAUGUAUAAUUUAUUUUUAAAAGAAAAUUGUAAAAUAUUGUACAAAAUAAAACAACAACAAAAAAAUUGCAAUAGAGAAUGAUCAUGAUAACAAAACGACAUUGUAUUCAAAUGGAUGCUAAACUAAAACAUAUUCACCACACACAUACACAUUUUUUAAACAAACACACACACACACACUCUAUUAUGGCAUUAAAGCAUAGUUCUUUUUUUUAAUUUAUCCACUUAUUAAGGGUAUAUUUGUAGUUUGUAUAAAAUGUCUAGCAUUGUUACUAUGUAAGAAUAACUAUUUGAAUUAAGCAAACCAUUGGAAUCUUAUCAUACAUGUUUAAUCGCACGUUAAGCGAUGAUUGUUUAAUGGUGAUUUUUUCUCUAAUAAAAUUAUGUCUCUCGGACAGAACAUAACAUUUUUAAAAUGUUGCCAGAAACCAUAAA